CUUUGCACUCCAAACCCGUCUUUAAAACUUCGCCUUUGAUCUCUGACAGUUCACUCUCUCACCAUUUCGAAAAUUUGUCCUUUUUUCUUGUUUUCCCUCUCGCCAUGACCAACCCAAUCGAGAGUGAAAUCUCCGACGAAGACCUUAACCCUAGCGCCGCCGAUCAAUGCCAAUCAAAGGAUCCAUCUCCACCGCAAAACUCACCACCUACCGUUUCCCAAUCUCCCCAAACUGAAACCCUAACCCUACCCGAUCCCGAUCCUCGAUUGUCUAACCCUAACCAAGAUCAUGAUUCUAUGAUGCACGAACCGAUUCCCAUAGUCACCGUUGACGAUACGGAGCCUGAUGACGCGGAGCCCAAUGUCCCCGGCGGCGCCGUCGGAGGAGGCGGUACUGCCACACGGCGCACGGCCAAGAAGAAGAAAAUGGGUAACAAGAGGACCGCGAAGGAGAGAAAGUGGCGGGAGAAGAUUCCGGGUAUCGUCGAAACCCUAAAACCUAUUCCCUUCACGCCUGCGAAAACCCUUGAAUUCGAUAAACACCAGAGCCUCUUGAAGUGUCUGGGGCUCUGGGAUUUUGUCCACGUCGAGUUCGAUUCAGCGCUCCGCGCCGAUCUCCUUGCGCAGCUCAUAGUUAGCUAUGUCCCCAAUUAUCGAUGCGGCUACGUCAACGGGCUUAGGAUCAAUGUCAGCCGCGCCGAUCUCGGCCGCGCCCUGAAGCUGCCGAAGAAGACCGUUGGCGCCGCUGCUUCCGUUGCUGUGGUUGAUGAUUCGGUAGACUUGAAUGAAUCUACUGCGUUUGUUGAGGAGUUAGUGUAUCAUUGGAUGCUUUUGCCUUAUGAGACUUGUAUGAUGACUGGUGAAAUUUUAGGGUGGUUGGAUUUGAUCAAGGAGGGGAAUUUCGAGAAGAUUGAUUGGGCAGGAAUGAUUUGGUGUAUGGUUGAGAAGGAAUUGAGGGCGCCGCAGUUGGUGAAUUGUUAUUACGCUUCGCAUUUGCAGCUUAUGAUUAAGACGCAACAUAAGGAGUUGUUGGAGAUGGCCGUUGAGGUUGGGGAAGAGGAGAACGAGGUGAAGGAGGAAGGAGAAGAGGAAGAUGAAGAUGAGGAGGGGGUAAAGGAAGAGGUGGAUGGGACUGGGGAUGUUAAGAUGGAUGAGGUUGAUGGGGGUCAGGUUCAGGAGUUAGAGGGACGGGUUCAGGAAUUGGAAGGGCAGGUUCAGGAAUUGCAGGAGCACCACAUUGAGCUGAGUCUUGGGCAAGACAAUAAUGUUGGGAAGGUUGAAGUGGAGAAGGAGCAGGGUGGACAGGAACAAAUGAUGGAUUUUGAGCAGGUUAAGGACGUUGAAGAGCCUGGGAUGUGGCUUAUGGAUCAAAAGAGCUGUGUGGAAGAGCCAUUUCUGCGGCCCUGUCAUGGUGAUGUGAAGGGUCUGGGCUGUGAACAAAUGAUAGAGGACGAGGGAGAAGAUGGGCAGCAAGAGGAGGAAGGGGAGGAGGAGGAGGAUGGAGAAGAGGAUGAGCACGAGGGCGGGUUCCAUCUCUCUCCAAAGUGUAUUCCUAUGGAGGGGAUAGCUUCUGGGAAUGGUCUCGCUCAUGUGAUGGAUGCUGAACAAUUGCCUUUUGGUUCUGGGAUUGAUCUUCGUGACAAUCCGGUCGGGGAUUUCCUGUCAUCCAGGGAUGAGUCUCAGAUGAUUUCUGGUUCAUCACUUUUUGGUAAUGGUCACAAGAGAGACAACCUUGCCCUGGAUAAUCAUAACUCUCAUCAUUCUUUGAAUGGCAGUAAUAAGAGGCUGAGAAGUGAUAGCCCGUGGAACACCAAACCAGCGGACUUUGAAACAUGCGUGGAACAGAUAGAACAUUGGACGGAGAAAGCUAGAAUCAUGUAUGCCGCAAAAGAUCAGGCUUGCGAAGAAUCUACAAUGAAUCAGCAACUCUUAAUGAAUGAGCUACAAAAGCGAGAUAACUUGAUUGAACAUUUGCAUAAAGCGAAGUUUGAGGAGAGUCAGAAAAGGCAGAUGGAGGUAUAUAGGUUUGAGAAAGAACUUUAUAUGAUGCAAAGCCUUGUCGAUGGAUAUAGAAAAGCCAUGAAAGAAACACGAAAGGCUUUUGCUGAAUAUAGAGCACGCUAUCCUCAGGGUGACGAACCACUCUACGCGGAUGUUCCUGGCUCCGGGGGUCUUGUUUUGACUGUGGUGGAGGUGGAGAAGGAACGUCUAAAGAAAGAAGCAGAAGAAAGGGCGAAGUUAAGGGAUUUUAUGACAGAGUUUGAAAAGAACUGUACUGAUUUUGAAUCUCAAUGGUCUGGUAAAUUUGAAGCUUAUGUGAGUAGAGUUGAAUCUCUGAAUGAGAGGUUUCUGGCUUUGGAGGACAAAAUGAAACAAUUGAAAGAAGUGAAUACUAAUGGCAAGGUUUCUGAUCCUAUUGAAAGCGCUCCAACUACUGAAGGAGAAACUGCUUAGUAAGGUUGAGCUUUUUCAGUAGAAUUCGAUUAAAUUUAGUUCAUAUCAAAUUCAAGGCUGCUGGUUGCUUAUGUUUAUAAUUAUAAUUAUAAUGUACAGAGCUUUAUUUUGAAACCAGGACCUUUAAUUAGGGUAAUUGUUACCUUUUAUUAUCUUGAGAUGAAGUCACAAAUUAUGGAAA